ACUCACCGAUGCGGUAGUACCAACAUGGCAGCCCUCUGAGUUUUGGAGGAGGGGAGCUGGUGUAAAUACAGACAAAUUAAGCGUUUCUGAGACAAGGACAACAUCAGGGAGCUUAAGCUGGGGACUUAUUGGACUGUUGCGUAAAAUGUCGAGCGACGGGAACAAGAAACAGUUCUGGAAAAGAAACGCAGCCAAGGUUCCUGGCAGUAUUCAGCAUGUGUAUGGGGCACAACAUCCACCUUUCGACCCCCUUCUCCAUGCCAACCUGAUGAAAGCAGGCAACAAACCCCCUCCCACCACGCCUGGCAAGCCCAAGAAAGCUACCACCUUCCAGGAGUUUGAGAGCAUCACCAGUGAUGCCUGGGACGUCGGGGAUGACGACGACGAGCUGCUGGCCAUGGCUGCACAGAACCUAAAUAUCGAGGUUGUCAUGGAGACGGCAAAUAAGGUGAUUGAGAAUCACAGCAAGCAGCAGGAGAGGCAGAGGCUAGAUGACACAGCAGAGUCGGGUCAGGUAGAGGAAGAUGCACAGGAGGAGGUGUUCGCUGAGGAGGAAGAGGAGGAGGAAGAAGAAGAGGAGUAUCUCAGAGUGGAGGAAGUAGACGCAAUCAGUCCAGAUGCGUCGUUUGCCUCUCAGAGCAGCCCGUAUAGCGAGAGCCGUCUGGUGAAAUCCCACAGCGAAGCUCCGAUCGGGUCACCUAAAGAUGCAGCAGGCCUCCACAGACAGAGGUCUCUGCCCCACCGGCCGCCCGUCAUCCCAUUAGUGGCUCGCAUGGCUGACCAGAACACAUCUGGCACCCCGGCCAUGACGGAGAGGGAAGCGUCCCGCCUGGAUAAGUUCAAACAGUUGCUGGCGGGGCCCAACACAGAUCUGGACGAACUCCGGAAAUUAAGCUGGUCUGGAAUCCCGCGACAAGUUCGGCCGAUUGCCUGGAAGCUCCUCUCAGGUUAUCUGCCUGCCAACGCAGAGAGGCGGGAGAGCGUUCUACAGAGGAAGAGACAAGAAUAUUUUGGCUUUAUCCAGCAGUACUACGACUCCCGCAAUGAUGAGCACCAUCAAGACACAUACAGACAGAUUCACAUAGACAUUCCUAGGAUGAGCCCUGAAAAUUUGGUGCUGCAGCCAAAGGUGACAGAGAUUUUUGAGCGGAUUUUGUUUAUCUGGGCCAUCCGGCAUCCAGCCAGCGGCUACGUUCAAGGCAUCAAUGACCUGGUCACGCCGUUCUUCGUCGUCUUCGUCUUUGAAUACAUCG